GGCCCCCACAGCCUUUUUACACACGCGUAGAGCACAGCUAGGGGUUUUGAGCAAUCCCUCUCGAGGACUGUCCAGGCGGAGAUGCUCCCAACGCGGCCGGUUCUGCUCUUUUUACACACGUUACACUGGGGAUAGAAGUCCUGCCCGAAGAGACGUUCUCAAGCUUAUACAGGCCACCGCAACGCAGCCUUGAGGAUGGGUGCACUCCUCCUCGUACGGUGGAAAGCUGGAGAUGCGCCCUCUCGUCGCCACCCAUCUCAACACUGGUAACCCAUGCUUAUACUCAGCAUGUCCGGCAUUGGUCUUUACCUUUGACUUCGCUCGAUCUCCUGGUUUUCGCUCCUUGCCAUCGCGGUCGAAUUCGCUCGCACUCGCUCGCCUGGGAGUAUAUGAAUCGCCGUCCCCUCGCCCCUUUUCCCUUUUUUCAUCCCAUCUCACAUCAAACAUUCCAUCAGAUCUAUCAAUCAAUCAAUCAAUCAGUCAAUCCAUUAAAUCAUACACUCAUCCACCACCACCACCACCACCACCAUCAUCAUCAUGCCUGGGCAAGUCACCCACAGCUCGCGCCACCAAGGUUCGCUCUCGCGCGCGCUCUUCCCUCCGCCGCCCCCCAAGGUGUCCAGGUACAGGGACUUCUUCCGCCAACUCGCGGCCGGGAACGUCCAGCCCCGGUCGCUGAACCCCCUCGCCGCGCCCUUCCAGCCAGCGGCUCAGCAAGCGCCGGCUGGCACCAUCCCCGCGGCUCUCUCGGCCCCCGCGGAGGCAACGGCCAACCCCACGGCCUCAGGGGAAGACGCCGCCGUCGGCGAGAACGGCCAAAACGCGCUCCCCUCCUGCCGCAACUGGUACCACUACGCGUACCUGCCGUGCAAAUGCCUCGCCUACAUGCAUUGGCGCGAGCGCAAUCCGGCGGACUUCGCGUGUCGCUUCGUGCCCUACAAUCCGGUCAUGCGGGUCAACGGCUGGGUCGACGUCGGCUUCGACAUCCUCACCGAGGAGCAGGCGUUCGAGGCGUGGAGGGCGGCCGGGUGGGACUGGUUGCCGUACAACGGUGUGGAAGGGAUGACUCCGGAGCAUGGGGUGUAUGCUGGGCCCAAGGUGGUGGACGUCGCGCUCGAGACAUGGGAGGAGAAUCAACGCUUCCGCCGGUACGUCAACGCGGUGAUGGGCAAUCGGGGGGUGGUGUGGAUCCACGACCACAUGGGGCUGUGGUUCUCUCGGAGGGGGGUCGACCCCACGGGAUGCUUCCGGUGGUAUCCAAUGGGGGUUGAAUUGCCGUUGCAGCGCACGGGGGAGUUGAUGGUGGAGUCGGAGGCCAAGCUGGGGGGCGACGAGGAGGAGGAGGAGUAGGACGAGGAGGAUGAGCAUUCAG